AUGGACGCCGACGCCCCCUGCUGCACGAAAUCACUGUUCGGGGACCGCGAGGUCUGCCAGCCGCGGUUUCAAGUAGGCGACGUCGCCGUGUGCGAGGCCUGCGCCACGUUCGCCGUGCCGGAGGGGCUGGGCGAGCCCGUCGUGACCACACCUCUAAAACCGUUCGCCUGCGGCAUCGCGACGCUCGCGGCGAGCGGCCUCUGCGCCGACGUCUUUCACGCGACGGCGCCGGACGGAUGCGCGCCAAUUGACGGAGAGGCGGCGCUGCAGAAAGCGAUCGACCAGCAGCGCGCGGCGCCGGCGCCGAACGCGCCCAAAGUCGCCAGGGUCCUGCAGCGGUGUCGCGCGACGAGGGCCGCGCACGAGGACGCGGCGUUGUUAAAUGACGUGCGCGGCCUGCUGCCCCUCGACUUACUACGGGCGCGGGCGCGGGCGAGGAGCGAACCCGUGCCCGACGGCGACGACAAGGCCGCGGCCUUCGCGGCGGCGACGGCGAGGCACUACGGGUCCGCGAGCCCGGAGCCGUCCGACGCGUUACUCAGAGAGCUCGCGAACUACUUCAAGGGCCCCCAGUUCUUCACGUGGGUCAAGGCGCCGCCGUGCCCGCGCUGCGGCGGGAAGACGGAGGGCGCCGGCCCGGGCACGCCGACCGAGGAGGAACAGCGCAAACUCGCGAAUCGAGUGGAGCUCUACCGCUGCCCCUGCGGCGGCGAGGCGCGGUUUCCCCGCUACAACUGCGCCCGGACUCUAUUGUUCGAGUCGCGGACGGGCCGCUGCGGCGAGUUCGCCAACGCUUUCGUGCCCUGCCUCCGGGCCUGCGGCUUCGAGGCGCGCUACGUCUGGGACUCGACGGACCACGUCUGGGCCGAGGCCUGGUCUGUUGAACAAAAACGCUGGCUCCACGUCGACCCCUGCGAGAAGGCGGUGGACCGACCGCGCAUGUACGAGCGGGGCUGGGGCAAGAAGCUCGCCUGUAUAUUGGCGUUCGGGCGGGACGAGGUUGUCGACGUGACGCGGCGGUACACGCGCGACGUCGGCGCGUGCCUCGCUCGCCGCGACGAGAGCCACGGCUGGCACGCGGCGCCGGAGUCCUGCGUCGCGUCGGCGGUGGCGGCCGCCGACGCGCUCGCGCGGAGCCUCGCCGCCGACGACGCGUGGGCGCGGUCCCGCGACGAGCGGCGUGCCGCCGAGGCGCGCGAGCUCGUCGAGGCCUGCUGGGCGACGGACGCCGGCGAGGCGACCGUGGGUCGGACGUCGGGCGACGCGAAGUGGAUUCGAAGUAGGGGCGAGGGCGGCGGUCUGUUGCCCGGCGGCUCGUGGGCGAACAGCGCCGAGGACCCGCGCGCGACGGAGGAGGGCGGCGUCAUACGGCUCGAGGCGAAGCUGCGCGCGUGCGACGGAAGUCUGAAGGACGCCUCCGUGACGUUCGCGCCGGGCGAGCGCUUCUCGAAUUGUGAUGGAAGGUUCGAGCGGGAAGAGGGCUGUGAUGUUGUCGGGGCGCUGAACGCGCUGCGGCGGCGGUCGGCAACUCCACCUCUCACGGAACUCGCGGCGGCGUUGCGCAGCGACGCGAUGGCGUGUCUUUCGGCCGACGAUGUAGCCGAGUGCCGCCGGCGCCACCUGCGCAUCUUGGAGAAUUUACGGGAUCGCGGGUCGGACGAGCGCGUGCGCCGGCUGAAGGUGGACAACGCCGUCGUCUCGAAAUACAUCCUCGCGCCGGUCCACGCGUCCGCGCCGUGGCUCCACGCCGCCGCCGGCUUUGACGCCGCGGAGAUCGACGGCGAGUCGGGCGCGGCGGCGUGUUUGGUGGCGCCUGAGGCUUCCGACGUGCUUGCCGCGCUGGCGGCGUUGGAGAAGGGGUGGCCUAAAUAG